AUGGUUGAUCAUGACUUACAAAGUCGUCGAAUGCAGCGUAGUAGUGAUGAUAUAAUGGUAAACAAUGAUGAGGCUCAGUCAUCGUUGGCUUUUCUACCACAUGUCACGAACAAUGUUCCAUACGGAGUUUGUUUAUUAGAAUCUACAUUAUUUUUAGUACUGAUAGAUGAACAAAAUUCUGAUACUGAUUCGGAAUAUGAAUUAUCAAAAGCUGAAAAUGAUUCAUCAAUGAGAGAUGAAAUCAACAGUGGUACUGGAGAAAAUCUAGAAAUAGAUGACGAAAAUAUUAUCGAUAAUAAUAUCGCUAUAACGGUCCCAUUUCCAACAAAUGUAUCAGGUGAUAAUGAUAAUAGGCCAUCUAUCCCCCAACAACGUUUACAUACUUAUACAAAUAUUUUAACACUUGAUUAUUGUGAAGAUUUACUAGGCGUUUUACGUAAUGCACAUGUAUCUAAAUCCCAAUCAGAUCACAUUAUAAAAUUAAUUAAAUCUGCAUUACCUAUACCAAAUAAUCUUCCAAAUACCUUAAAAGGUAUUUUGUCUGAAACUAAUAUUAAUGAUAUUUUUACCAAACGAAGUGUAUGCACAGUAUGUCAAACGGAUUUACUUUAUACAGAAACCACAUGUCCAAAAUGUAUAUUGUCUGAUGUUAGAUCUAUUGCACAUGUUUAUGACACACAGUUAAAUGUAACAUUUUUAGCAAUGCUUACACGUUUAGCAUCUGAUAUUACAACAUAUAAACAGCAUAUAAUAAACAAUCAGAAUAAUGAUGACAAAAAAUGA